AUGACUGGCUUUUUCUUUUGUGUUUGUUUUACACUACUGGACUACUACCAGAGUGGGCGGAUGUUGAUAAGUUUGGCGCAGGCCCUGGGAAGGAUCGUCCUGGCAGGCAGAGAGAUGACCAGACUGUCCGGGUUCACUGCACGGAUCACAGAAAUUCAGGAAGUCCUUAAGGAGCUGAAUUCAGGCAGAUAUGAACGGACCAUGGUAACACAGAGAAUCAAAGACGAUUCAGUAGAGAAAAUCCCUCUUACCCCUGGGAGAGGUAAAAUCAUCAUCGCAGACAACAUUAUCAAGUUUGAACACAUACCUUUAGCGACGCCCAAUGGAGACAUUCUCAUUCGUGACUUGUCUUUUGAGGUGUCUUCUGGGACAAACGUGUUGGUCUGUGGGCCCAACGGCUGUGGAAAGAGUUCACUCUUCAGAGUGCUGGGAGAGCUGUGGCCUCUAUGUGGAGGACAACUCACAAAACCAGAGAGAGGGAAACUCUUCUAUGUUCCUCAUGAGAGGCCCUAUAUGACACUGGGUUCCCUCCCUGAUCAGGUGAUUUAUCCUGACACACAUGAAGACCAAAAGAAGAAAAGAACGUCUGAUCGGGUGCUGAAGGAAUAUCUGGACAAUGUCCAGCUGGGACAUAUCCUGGAGAGAGAGGGCAGCUGGGACCGUGUGCAGGACUGGAUGGAUGUCCUCAGUGGAGGAGAGAAACAGAGGAUGGCUCUGGCUCGUCUGUUUUACAACAAGCCCCAGUUUGCUAUUCUGGAUGAGUGCACCAGCGCUGUGAGUGUGGAUGUGGAGGACUUCAUCUGCAGCCACUGUCGAAAGGCUGGCAUCACACUGUUCACAGUCUCCCACAGGAAAUCACUAUGGAAGCACCAUGAGUAUUACUUGUAAAUGGAUGGAAGAGGAAACUAUGAGUUAAAAAAAUAG